GUCUUCUCCAUCCCCCUCCACACAUAUCCACAGCAGGAGUGCUCCUCACCAGCCUCUCCCAGACACCAUGUCCAGACAGUCCACUAUCACCUUCCAGACCAGCAGCCGCAAGGGUUUCAGCACAGCCUCAGCCACCACCCCAGCCACUGGCCGCUCUCGCUUCAGCUCCGUCUCCGUGACCCACUCCCUGGGGGGCAGCGGAGGAUUGGGAAGGAUCAGCGGCUUUGGCAGCCGUAGCCUCCACAACCUGGGGGGAACCAAGCGGGUCUCCAUCAGUGGGUGUGGCAGCAACUUCCGAAGUGGCUUUGGUGGCAGGGCGAGCAGCGGGUUUGGGGUCAGCAGUGGAUUCGGCUAUGGGGGUGGAAUUGGAGGGGGCCACGGGGGCUGCAGCUUCGCCAUCUGUCCCCCUGGAGGCAUCCAAGAAGUCACCGUCAACCAGAGUCUCCUGACUCCCCUCAACCUGCAAAUCGACCCCAACAUCCAACGGGUGCGGAAAGAAGAGCGGGAGCAGAUCAAGACCCUCAACAACAAGUUCGCCUCCUUCAUCGACAAGGUGCGGUUCUUGGAGCAGCAGAACAAGGUCCUGGAGACCAAGUGGAGCCUCCUGCAGGAGCAGGGUACCAGGAUUGUGAGGCAGAGCCUGGAGCCCUUCUUCGAUGCCUACAUCACCGACCUCCGGCGGCAGUUGGACAGCAUCACCACCGAGCGAGGCAGGCUAGAUGCUGAGCUGAGAACCAUGCAGGAUGUUGUGGAGGAUUUCAAAGUCAGGUAUGAGGAUGAAAUUAACAAGCGCACAGCUGCUGAGAAUGAGUUUGUGGCUCUAAAGAAGGAUGUGGAUGCUGCCUACUUGAACAAGGUGGACCUGGAGGCCAAGGCCAACUCUCUGACCGAUGAGAUCAACUUCCUCCAAAUGUUCUUUGAGGCAGAAUUGUGUCAGAUGCAGACACGGGUCAGCGACACAUCCGUGGUCCUGUCCAUGGACAACAACCGUAGCCUGGACCUAGACAGCAUCAUUGCCGAGGUCAAAGCUCAGUACGAGGAGAUCGCCAACCGCAGCCGGGCUGAGGCUGAGUCCUGGUACCAGACCAAGUAUGAGGAGCUCCAGGUCACAGCUGGCCGGCACGGCGAUGAUCUCCGCAACACCAAACAAGAGAUCUCCGAGACGAAUCGGAUGAUCCAGAGGCUGAGAGCUGAGAUCGACAACAUCAAGAAGCAGUGUGCCAGCCUGCAAACAGCCAUUGCCGAUGCAGAACAGCGUGGGGAGCUGGCCCUCAAGGAUGCACGGGCCAAGCUGGUGGACCUGGAGGAGGCCCUGCAAAAGGCCAAGCAGGACAUGGCCCGACUGCUGCGCGAGUACCAAGAGCUCAUGAACAUCAAACUGGCCCUGGACGUGGAGAUUGCCACCUACAGGAAGCUGCUGGAGGGCGAGGAGUGCAGGCUGAGUGGAGAGGGUGUUUCUCCAGUUAAUAUCUCUGUGGUCACCUCCACCGUCUCCAGUGGCUAUGGAGGUGGCAGUGGUAUUGGCAGUGGAAGCCUGGGCCUCGGUGGGGGCAGCGGCUACUCCUUCACGACCAGUGGUGGGCACAGCCUGGGCGGCUCCAGCUUCAGCAGCAGCAGCAGCCGGGGCCUCGGGGGCAGCGGCUCCAGCGUCAAGUUUGUCUCCACCACGUCCUCCAGCCGGAAGAGCUACAAGCACUGAACGCAGUCACCCCGCUCCCUCACCCCUACCCUGAAGCCAGCUCCGCCCGCUCACCUGGCCUGUCUGCACUUGUCCCUGCUCACCUCGGUGCUUUCCCUUGUCUCCCCUCCUCUAGGUCUACCUGUGCUGCCAGGAAGCCUGGCAUCCUGUCUAAAUCCCAUUCCCCAGCCUAAGCCAGCCUCCACCCUCCCUCGGUCCCUAGACUGCUCCUAGUACCCACUCUGUGCCAAACCCGCUUUCUUUCAAAAUUCACUGUCAGAUUGCCCUUCAGAGACUCCCCAUCAGCUCUGCCUCCCUCCUGCCUUCCUCCAGAUGCAGUCUGUAUCUCCCAGGCCAUCUCAGUGUCAGCCCACCUGUCUCACGAAGCUUACGAGCUGCCUGCUGGACGAGAGUGAACCCUUUCUCUCUUUCCUGCCAGGAUCAUGUCUAUUAAAUGCAUGUAUAAUGUG